AUGAGUGGUGGCCACCAGCUGCAGCUGGCUGCCCUCUGGCCCUGGCUGCUGAUGGCUACCCUGCAGGCAGGCUUUGGACACACAGGACUGGUACUGGCAGCAGCAGUGGAGUCUGAAAGAUCAGCAGAGCAGAAAGCUAUUAUCAGAGUGAUCCCCCUGAAAAUGGACCCUACAGGAAAACUGAAUCUGACUUUGGAAGGUGUAUUUGCUGGUGUUGCUGAAAUAACUCCAGCAGAAGGAAAAUUAAUGCAGUCCCACCCCCUGUACCUGUGCAAUGCCAGUGAUGAUGACAAUCUGGAACCUGGAUUUAUCAGCAUCGUCAAGCUGGAGAGUCCCCAGCGGGCCCCCCGCCCCUGCCUGUCACUGGCAAGCAAGGCUCGAAUGGCAGGUGAGCGAGGAGCCAGCGCCGUCCUCUUUGACAUCACUGAGGACCGAGCUGCUGCUGAGCAGCUGCAGCAGCCCCUGGGGCUGACUUGGCCAGUGGUGCUGAUCUGGGGUAACGAUGCCGAGAAGCUGAUGGAGUUUGUGUACAAGAACAGAAAGGCCCAUGUGAGGAUCGAGCUGAAGGAGCCCCCAACCUGGCCAGAUUACGAUGUGUGGAUCCUCCUGACAGUGGUGGGCACCAUCUUUGUGGUCAUCUUGGCUUCAGUGCUGCGCAUCCGGUGCCGCCCCCGCCACAGCAGGCCGGAUCCCCUUCAGCAGCGAACAGCCUGGGCCAUCAGCCAGCUGGCCACCAGGAGGUACCGGGCCAGCUGCAAGAGGACCCGGGCUGAGUGGCGAGACUCAGGUAGCAGCUGCAGCUCAGCCCCUGUGUGUGCCAUCUGCCUGGAGGAGUUCUCUGAGGGCCAGGAGUUACGGGUCAUUUCCUGCCUCCAUGAGUUCCACCGCGCCUGUGUGGACCCCUGGCUGCAUCAGCAUCGGACUUGUCCCCUCUGCAUGUUCAACAUCGUAGAGGGAGAUUCAUUUUCUCAGUCCCUGGGAUCCUCUCGAUCUUACCAGGAACCAGGCCAGAGACUCCACCUUAUUCGCCAGCAUCCCGGCCAUGCCCACUACCACCUCCCUGCUGCCUAUCUGCUGGGCCCUUCCCGGACUGCAGUGGUUCGGCCACCACAACCUGGUCCCUUCGUACCAUCCCAGGAGCCAGGCAUGGGCCCUCGGCACCACCGCCUCCCCAGAGCUACACAUCCCUGGGCUCCAGGCGAGCAGCAGCGCCUGGCAGUGGCUCAGCACCCCUUGACACAGGGUUGGGGGCUGAGCCGCCUCCAAUGCACCUCGCAGCACGCUGCCGCUUGCCCGGCACCCCCACGCCGGGCCAGGCCUCAUGACACCAGUGGGUCUGGAGAAAGCUACUGCACGGAACGCAGUGGCUACCUGGCAGAUGGGCCAGCCAGUGACUCUAGUUCGGGGCCCUGUCAUGGCUCUUCAAGUGACUCAGUGGUCAACUGCACAGACAUCAGCCUACAGGGCAUCCAUGGCAGCAGCUCCACCUUCCGCAGCUCUCUGAGCAGUGACUUUGACCCCCUGGUAUACUGCAGUCCUGAAGGGGAUCCCCAGGUGGUGAAGACUCAGCCCAGCAUGACCUCUCGGCCUCGUUCUUUGGACUCAGUGGUACCCAAAGGGGAAACCCAGGUUUCCAGCCACGUCCACUACCACCGCCACCGGCACCACCACUACAAAAAGCGCUUCCAGUGGCAUGGCAGGAAGCCUGGCCCAGAAACUGGGGUCCUCCUGUCCAGACCUGCCAUUCCUCAGACACAACCCGAGCCAGAUCUGCCUGCUCCUGAUCAGCAAGCUGCCAGAUCCAACACAUCAACCCCUUCAGGGCAGCUCUCCUACCCACAACGACCCAGGGCCCUCACGGAGCCAGCCCCAGGCCCAACUGAUGCUUUCAGCCCCAGUCCCAGUCACAGCGGCCUAUUCCACUUGAAAAAAUACAGCCUCCCUGUCCGACACCCACAGAGGAAACGGCGGGGGUGUCCCUCAGAGCCCACCCCAGCCUCUCGGCCCCAGGACUUGACUGCACACCCAGUUUGCCAGACUUUUCCACAUUAUGGCCCCAGCCUGGCAUACCCUUGGUCCCCAGAGGUCCACCCAUUGAUCUUCGGACCUCUGGGCCUGGACAGGAGGCUGCUCCCAGAAACUUCAGGCCCCUGUUACUCAAGUUCACAGCCAGCGUGGUUGUGUCUGACUCCACGCCAGCCCCUGGGACCACACCCACCUGGGGACAGGCCUUCUGAAUGGAGUUCUGGCACCCCAGAAGGCAGGCCAUGCCCUUACCCACACUGCCAGGUGCUGCCAGCCCAGCCUGGGUCAGAGGAGGAGUUUGAGGAGCUAUGUGAACAGGCCGUGUGAAACGUUCAGGCCUACCUCCAACCAAGAGUGUGCUCCAGAUGACUUGGGGCGCUACCUGGCGCAGAGUCCUGCUCCUGAGAG